CCUUGGCCCGCGGAGCCCUGGGAGCGGUUGCACAUGGACUUCCUCGGCCCCUUCAACGAUAAGUACUAUCUCGUUGUAAUUGACGCGCACUCCAAGUGGAUAGAAGUCGAACACGUAAGUUCCAUUUCCGCGGGAGUAGUUUGCGACUGUCUUCGGCGUUUGUUUUCGCGCUUCGGGCUACCUAAACGCAUCGUUAGCGACAAUGGCCCACCGUUUUCCUCCGCCGCCUUCGCACAAUAUCUCGAAUGCAACGGUAUUAAACACACGUUGACGCCGCCUUAUCACCCGGCGAGUAAUGGGGCAGCGGAAAAUGCUGUUCGCACGGUAAAACGGGUGCUUAAAAAAGCAGAGUUAGAACGAGUCGACGUAAAUAGGGCUUUGAGCAAAUUUUUAUUUAUGUAUCGAAACACAGAACAGAGCACGACAGGACGCGAGCCUGCGGUAGCUAUGUUCGGGCGCCGGCUUCGUGGCCGCCUCGACCUGUUGUGGCCUGACGCCGCGGAGCGAGUGCGCGCGCGUCAGCUGCGGGAGGAGGACCGUCGUGCGGCACCUCUAAGAGUUCAUUCACGGGACGAACCGGUCAUGAUAAGGAACUACACUAAAUCAGGGGGUAAGUGGACGGACGGAGUGGUGAGCGAACAAGUAGGGCCCGUGUCGUAUGCCGUUAGAACUAGCGACGGAAGAAGUCACAAGAGACACGUCGAUCAAAUAGUGUCGAGAAAGUCACGGUAUUCGCUUAGUCAAGCGGUAGGUCGCGUGUCUGACGUCGGCCUCGGAUGAUAGUCGCCCGCACAGGCAAGCUG